AUGGAUGGUAUGAAGAAUAUGAAUUUGAGGAAGAAAGACCGGUUAAGUUCUCUUCCAGAUGAUAUCCUCUCCGUAAUACUCUCUCAUCUUCAAAUAAAUUCCGUCGUCGCCACCUCCAUCUUAUCCCGUCGAUGGCGCUACCUUUGGACUACUGUCACCAAUUUCAAAUUCGAGCAUGAUAAUCAAUACCUUUCCAAACGAAGAUCAAUCAAAUUCUCCACCGUUGUCGUCAACAUCGUCCGACAACUGACCUCUCAGAAACUCGGUGUUUUCAAACUUCAGUUGAGUUCGCUGUCCAACUUAUGUGACGCUAGUGUUGCAGAUUUAUGCUUCCGUGAAAUUUGUGGCCGCAACGUGGAGCAGAUCAUUAUUGAAGAGGUACCUGGUUAUAAUAAUAAUUUGUUUCCAAUUCCCGCGUUUCUGUUUUCUUCCCAGAAUUUGGUAGUUUUGAUAUUAAGAGGUAUGAUCAAGUUUAAUUUACCAGAAAAAACAGAUAUUCAACUUCCGAAUUUGAGGAAGAUUAGUCUAACCUAUCUUGUUAGCGUCCCUCAUCAGUUUUUGGGGAGUCUAUUUAGGUCUUGUCAGCGUUUGAUCGAUGCAGAUUUGAUGUUCAAUGACUAUAUAACCCAACCCGAACCCCAAAUUGUUCUGAAUAUAUCAGGGCCGGAGCUAAGGUCAUUGCAAAUAAGGUUCUUGGCACAUUUGCACACCCAACGACCCAAAAUCCUCAUUGAUGCACCCGAAUUGGAGACCCUUUAUAUAAAUAGCUUUACUUCGGAUUAUUAUUCCAUCCAGAAUCCAGCGAAAUUAGUCAAUGUAUCGAUUCAAAUGUACAUGAAUGAGGAGUAUAACUAUUUUCGAGAAGAAGAUUGUCUAAAGGAGAUGUUCAAGUUUGUCAAGCAAAUGUCUAGUGUUAGGAAGCUUUUUCUACGGGUACAGGCUAAUGAAGUGACCAAUGUUUAUCGUUAUUUUAACUCUGUGAAUCUCAAGGAUAUGACAACCUUUCCUAAUCUAGAACGGCUUGAAACGAAUUUGGAUUAUGAUGAUUGGAAGGAUUUGAUACUUUCGAUGAAAUGCUUUCCUAACUUAAGGCACCUUAGAGUGGACAUAAAUAUGGAUACUUAUACUGAUGCAAUGGAUUGCGAUUGGUGUGUACCGGAGUGUUUAAGUAAGUUGAAGACAAUAGAGAUAUAUGGAGUACAUGAUAUUCGUUAUGAUCUCACGUUGCUAGAGUACAUUCUAAGCAAUGCACUUGUUUUGGAAAAGCUUCAUGUACAACGUACAGGUUUAAAGUCUUUAAACCUGACUGAUAACAAAGCGAAGCUACGUUAUUUUUGUAAGUCUUUGUUCCAGCUACCCAGGGCAUCUUCAACUUGUGAGAUUGUGUUUCGUUUACGUGGGUUUGUUAGAGUAUCAAGUAAUGACUGGAAAAAUAGAAAGGUUACACCAGAAAAUUUCCGCGUUAUUUAA